AUGGUUAUUCCGACUGGCCUUGUCAGCAAGCACCAAACUCAGCAAGGCACAUAUCUUCUGCAGUAUCUGUUUGACCAGACCUUGCACACAGACCCUGAUCACUUUUUCUUGGCUGCAACACCUACUGCUACUCUACAUCUGAAUCUCAAGAGAGACUCCUACCACUCAGAUAAUGCCUCUUUUGAAUUUGUUGUCAGAUACACUACAGAUGAGUUACAUGGAGCUAGCACAUGGGCAGCACUGGACCCGGCACAAGGAAAGUUUGAGUUCACAGAUCUACACAUAACAGGUGGCAGCCAUCUUGCCUUUGAAGAUGGCAAGAAUCAAGACACAGCUUUCGCCACAGACAUUGGAACAGUGUAUGGUGACAAAACAGGUUAUCUGCACGUGGGCUACAGUCAGAACUUAAACAUCAACUUUACUACAGCUGACAUUCCAUUCAAUCUGCUUGCUUAUGAAAAGACUCAUGUGACAUAUCCUCCACGUACAUUCUUCACACAGACAGACCUUUCAUCUCUUGGAAAGGUUUCUGGCAUCCAAGACCUGUAUGUAUACCAAGGUGGCUCAGUCACCCUGGGUAGUGAAGCAAGUGUGGGCUUUGGCAGCCUACCUCGGGAGGUGAAUGUGACAUCCCUACAUGUUCAAAAUGGAGGUACUUUUGAGGUGGACAGCGGCCAUCAUACACAGGAUGUCACCAUUGUUGCAGAUACUGUGAAGAUAUAUGGAGGUGGACGCUUGAUUGCCAACUUUGGUCUACGAAUGAAUGUGGGACAUCAUCUGGCUAUCUACUCAGGGGGACAUCUUAAUUUGAAUGGACGUGGCUACACACCACUUGGUGAUUUCCGUUCUCUUGGCUUUGGACAGAACAGUACUUCAGGCAGCAGUGGUGGUAGUGGUGGUGGCCAUGGUGGUAGUGGUGGCAGAGGAAAAGAUGCCAGGUCUGCAGGGCUGGGCUAUGACUCUAUCUAUGAACCCAGUGACCAUGGUGCUCCCGGUGGCUUUGGACAGAUGUUUGGAGAGUUAACAUUUGGAGGAAGUCAGUAUGGAAACCCGUUAGUUCAGAAGGGUCUUGGCGGCAGUGGAGGUGGCAGUGUCAUGAUUGUCUCUCAGAACUUGGAUGUUGAUGGUCGCAUCACUGCUGAUGGCAACCCACCACAUGUUGUUUAUGGAAGCGGAGCAGGUGGAGGUGCUGGAGGAAGCAUUUGGAUCCAGUGCAGCGAAGCCCGUGGAGUAGGGAAGAUCACAGCACUUGGUGGUGAGGGUGGGGGCACGACUGGUGGUGGUGGAGGAGGAGGUCGCAUCUCCAUUCAGUGUGAGAGCCUGGAAAAGUUCAAUGUGACAACCAAAGCUGGAGGAGGUGGAAGUUCAUCAGAAGUUGGUGGAGCAGGGACAAUCUACACUGAGAAGAGAAAUCAUAGUACUCAACAGACUAUGUCACGUCAACUUCGUGUUGAUAACCAUGGCCUUGCUUAUCCUCGUGACAUUGCCACCAUGACUGUACCUCUGCAUAACCUCCUAGAUGGAAAUUACAUUCAACCACAACAAGUCGGUGGAGUUACCUGGCUUUUCCACCAAAGCAAUAUCUACAGCUUUGACUCUGUGAUUAUUGAAGGCAAUGCACAUGUCGCCAUCCUCAGCAACACAAGCUAUGAGCUGGCACAUGUGGAUGCUGGUUUACUAGAAGGGGACCGUUCUGGGGUGCUGCACAUUGGUCAACAACAGACCUUCAACUUCAGUGAUGUCAACACUUACAUUCCUGUCAACAUCAUGGCCUACAGGUAUUGCAACUUGAAGGGACCUAACAAACACUUGGUAAUGCGUGAGGUCUUUGUGGAAAACAAUGGCACCAUUUUUAAUGUAGAGGAGAUAACUGUAGAAAACAAGGCGGGGCUGUACUUGUGGUCUUACGGACACACAGAGGGCAAUCCUGAAGGACAUUACACUUUGACCAACCUCAGCAUCAAGGCUGGGGGUCAUGCAGAAGCUUUGACCGCAGAUUUUGGCCCCAUGAUACAGCUGGUUCUGACACGUUUAACCAUCAAUGGUAAUGGUGAUUUGAGGACCAACAGAUUGAAACUGAAUGCUGUCAACAUCACUGUGGAUCUUUCAGGUGACUUUGAGGCCGAUGCCACAGGUUAUCCCAGUAACAGUGGGCCUGGCCAAGGACUCCUGCAAGAUGGUCACUUGGGAGGUUCUGGAGGUGGCCAUGGGGGCCGUGGUGGACGCUCAAGAUAUGGAUACUAUUCAGCCUUAGGCUAUGACUCUGUCUAUAGACCAGCUGACAUGGGAAGUGGAGGUGGGAGCGGCAGUGAUGGUGCUGGUGGACGAGGUGGAGGCGUGAUACACCUGAACGUGUCAGAUGUCCUGCGUGUGGAGGGCCGUCUCCAUGCAAAUGGUGAAGGAGGCCAAGGUCAGAGCGGAGGUGGGGGUGCUGGUGGUAGCAUUUGGAUGAACAUCAAGCGCCUGGAGGGAGAAGGCAGCAUUGAAGUCACAGGUGGCAGGGGUAAGAUCAUUUCUUGUCCAUGGUGGCUUUGGGAUGCAGCAGUAUGGGGGAGCUGGAACCAUCUUGUUGAAGACAGCUCCAACAAGACGCAGGUCUUACGCAAGAUUGCUGCAGACAAUGGUGGCUUCACAUACAGUGCCAGAAUAUCUCCUCAUGAGAAAAUGAGUCUGCAGCAUCCCCCAUCUGCAUGGCAUGCCAUGUACCUGCGUACCUAUGAGAAUGUUUCUGUUGUGACCAAUGGCAGCGUGUACAAUUACUAUUCCUGGAAUACUUUUUAUUCAUUCCCACUAUCAGGAUUGAUGGAUGGAGGCUUGGGUGUAUCUCAGAGCUAUAUCACCACAUCACAAAGCACAAAUGUGACCUUGACUUUUCCUUAUCCAACAUUGGUUAGCCAUCUUCAUAUCUUCCCACUCUGCAGUCCUGAUCAUCUGACGAUGUACCAGAUCCAUACUUUCAAAGAUGGACUGGAGUCACUGCACACAAAUAACUGGGUGGAGACAGAAGGCUGUCUCACACAGUCAGUGGCUGACCAGUUUGCUCGAGUCAACAUAAAAAAAUAUGUGGACAGGCUGGUGCUGAUGCUAAAAGGCAAGAAUAGCAGAGCAUCACUUGCUGAACUUGAAGUUUAUCUUAUGGAUGACCCGGACACAUCUAAACAGACCACAUACCUUACAGCUUCUGGUGCAGCAGUGUUGACCAACCAGGAUUCAGCAUCAGACCAUGUGGUUAACGAGCUGAUCAUCAAACGUGGGGCAGUGCUUGAUCUUGAAGGAAGAGGUGUUGCUUUGACAACACAGACAGUGAAUGGUGACAACAGUGGCCACAUACGUGUUCAUCCAAGCCAAUCCCUGGCAAUCAAGGGCGAGAAAUUGACUAUGUCUGCUGGUGUCCACUCUUGGUCCAACUCCAGUUUGCAGCUACCUCUAAGCUGGGAUUGUCGUGAAGUCGACUUCUAUCUCAGAGGGUUAUUUGACAGCAUGAACAGUGUCACUGUGGGGUCAAAGUGCAGCUGGACCAUUGACCACAGGGAACCUUCUUUUAAUCAGUUGGGAGAUGUGGACAUCAAGACCUUUGGCUCUCUCAGUGUGCUUACCUCUUCUCCACUAGCCACAACCACCUUCAACGGAUCUACCUUUACAGUUCGCAGCGGAGCAACAGUGUUUGCCAAUGACAUGUCCUUAAUCUACACCAACAUCACUGUAGAGCCACAGGGUUUGAUGCAUGCUGAUGAAGGUGCACCGAGCAUACACUUACACUCAGCACGUGGCAGUGGUUCUUCAAGCAAUGAGGGAAGCUCAGGCGGAGGUCAUGGAGGGUCAGGUGGUGAAGGUGAAGGAUAUUUCAGAACUGGCGGUGCCUAUGGCUCAUUCCUACAACCUUCUGCUUAUGGGAGCAGUGGAGGUUUCUCCAUCUUUCCACAUGUUGGAGGCCAGGGUGGUGGCAGAUUCUACUUGACCGCUUUCCACUUUCUGACUAUUGAUGGAACAGUUUCUGCCAAUGGGGGCAGGUUUGGGUCCCCAAGUGCUGGAGGUGGAUCAGGAGGAAGCAUCAUGAUAAGAGCACACACUGUUGAUGGGGAUGGAUCCAUGCAGAUUCGUGGGGGUGAUGGGUUCAGGGCUAGUUCAUCCAAACAAGGUGGUGGAGGAGCUGGUGGUCGCAUGGCUUUGUACUUUGUGCAGAACUAUUUUGUUGGGACUUACAUCAGUGCCGGAGGAAUGGGUGGUUCUGCAGCAGGUGAUGGUGGAUCUGGCACUGUCUACCUUCACAGUAUGCCUCACAAUGACAGCAGUAACCUAUUUGGUGACUUCGUCCUUAAUCGCACACUUUUCAUAGACAACCUGGGGCGUGUUCCACUCUCUGCCUCUGCUGACAUCACUCAGGGCUAUGUGGAUACUCAGAGAGCUGGAGGCACAACCUGGAUUUUACCUGCAACUUACCCAGAAUUUGUAGGAAGGCCUGGAGAAGCACCUUGGCAGGUUCAUCUUGAAGAGCUGCAGAUCUAUGGAAAAGCUCGUGUUGCAAUGACUGAUGAAAAUGCCCCUAAUGGUUCUAUGGCGCUCAACACAAACGCAAUUCAGGGAGACAGGACUGGACAUCUGUAUGUUGGCCACAACCAGACACUGUACAUUGGAGAUGGACGCUUGCCCCUUGAUCUUGAUGUAUAUAAUGGAGGUCAGAUCACUCUGCAAGGUGAACUGCGAGUGGCUGGGGUGACAGCCCGCAUCAGUGGCAUUGUGAAGAAUGUGGACAAUCUAACUGUCGCUGAUGGAGGGGACUUAAGCAUUACCAGCAUGGUGGAUGUAAAUGGUCAACGCAUUAGUGAGAUCCCCUUUGUUGUCAUCAACGUUCGCAACCAGGGUCUGCUGACUGUCCACAAUGACCAGAGGCCAUGUAUACUAAGCGGUCAGCGAGUGCAGGUGUUCCCUGGGGGCAGACUAAGCACAAGGAAUGCCCAAAUGCAUGUGGAGGAACUUGUUGUAGAUGUCAUGGGACAACUGGAGGCUGAUGCACAGGGCUACUGUAAUGGAGAAGGUCCUGGACAUGGGGUUUCCAGUUCAGGAGGUCAAGGUACAGGAGGUAGCUAUGGUGGUGAAGGAGGAGCUGGGGGAGUUGUCAACAGCCCAUCCUCUGGUUAUGGAUCGCUUGUUACUCCGAGUGAUUUUGGCAGCAGUGGAGGUGACAGUGCAUCAGGAGAAAAGGGAGGAUGUGGUGGUGGAAUUUUGUACCUGAAUGUUAGUGGGCUCAUGAAGAUUGAUGGAAAAGUCAGCAUCAAUGGACAGUCAGUGACCUCUAGGGCAGGUGGUGGUUCAGGCGGUAGUCUCUACUUUCAAGCCGAUCACUUUGAUGGAACUGGAUUACUUCAGGCAGUGGGAGGAGAUGGAGCCAAUGGUGGGGCAGGUGGCAGAAUAGCAGGGAAAGCAAAUCUGAUCCAGUUUGUGGGACGCUUUGAAACCCAAGGGGGCGCUGCUACUGAAGGUGAAGCAGGUGCAGCUGGAACUAUGCUUCUCACAGAUAACUUCCAAGAUGAUCUCAAGACACUGCGCAUUUACAACCGUGAAGGAGCAGGAAAAAGGAAAACACAGAUUCCAAUCCCAGAAUCCUCAGGUCCAGACUAUGACCUUGAUGUCCUGGAUCUCGGUCAACAUGCUCAAGUGGGUCUUCUGGCAACAGAUGCAAAGGGCCUUCCUCUCAGUGGAAGUCGCAGUUUACGAAUAACUACUGUUGGUGGAGACCACACUGCUGUGAUACAUGUGGAGCCUGGCAUGUGGCUCAACAUUGAUUUCAAUGCAACAGCAGUACUGACUUUCAGUAUUGUCCUUUAUCCGAAUGCAACAGUGAACCUGCCUUAUGAUACCUACCUCUUCAAUACAAGUGUCACUUUGUUAGGUGGAAUCUUGCAAGGAAUACAUACCCUCAACAUUUCCCUCAAUGGUGUCUUUACCAUCUACCCACCAGCUCGAAUUAACUCCAGCACAACUUUAGCGCCUAAAGAAAUACACCUCAACAGUAUCAGCAUCCUGGAUGGAGGGAUGUUUGAAUUCACAGGAAUAGCAGAAGACAGUGAUGAGCUCAACAUCACACUAGAUGGGGGACUGGUCAUACAGGGCGGAGGCAUCAUGCGUGGAAAUAAACUCUCUGUGUCAGCGGUCAACAUCACAGUUGAUACAGAUGGACUGAUUGAAGCUAGUGGGCGUGGCUGGAAGGCAGGAAGUGGCCCAUCUAGCCUGGUGUUUCAGCUCGACAAUGGGGGUAAGUGGAGCGGUCACACGGACGGUGCUUGGUGGCUCAGAUCAACUGCACAAAGUGGAGGUCAGGAAGGUGCAGGUGGUGGAGUCGUCUCUCUUAGGGCCUCUCAUUUUCUGGAAAUAGAUGGAAUCAUUGAUGUCUCAGGAAAACAAUCUGACACAGUUGGCUGUGGUGGUGGAGCUGGUGGCAGCAUUGUGAUCACUGGUGCACAUAUAGCAGGUCGUGGCAGCAUCAGAGCUAAUGGUGGAGCUGGGUCUUGUGUUCCCAACUGCAGACUGUGCGAUUUGGAGCGUCGCUGCAUUGCUUGCAAUGAUGGCUAUUAUCUUUUCCGUCAGGCUUGUGUUAUAUGGGAUUGCUACGUUUACUCUUCUUCUUGCUGCAAGGGUGAUCCUUACUGUGGACAGAUUAGAGGGGGUGUUGGAGGGGGAGGACGCAUAUCAGUAACAGCAACUUCCUCCUACACCUACCUGGGAGACUACCAGACAUAUGGUGGAAGGUCACAGUCUGAACAUUCCGAAAGAGAACAGAUGUGA